AUGCUGCUUUACAUUUCAUGCACUUUGCUUCAGGUGACUACUGAUGACGGUCGUACCCUCAGUGUUUAUCGAGCUUUUGAUAACAAAACUGGAGAGGUCGUGGAGGUGCAUUUUGAUGGGAACUGGUUAGAAAAGUACUUAACCUUUAAGCUCGUUGAUGGUCGUCCAUCACUGACUUCAUAUUUGCGGUAUUCGCCCACAUCAUCCACAAGGACUUCACAUUACAAAGAACCAAUUCGUGCCUGUUUCGUACAAUCAUCGCAAGCACAAGAUGGCAACAACACGUUCGUACUAGAGGUGAAAUCGAAGUCAGUGAAAGAUGUUUACUCUCGAGGAGUGGAAACAGUUUCAGCUGCUCUUGCGAAUGCUUUGUCUCAAAUAGCGCCUAUAAAUCCAAAUCGCGUUCGUGCGUUUUAUGAUUCGGGACCCGAUAACUCACUCAGAGUGUUCUUCUCAGUUGAUGAAAAAGCAGACGUGAAGCCGUCUGCUGUGCCGAAAUAUAAUUACACGGCAGAGGUUGCAUCUUCUGAUUUGUUGAGUAAGCUGAACGAAACAAUUUCUAAAGGAGAUUGGAAAUUCAGUGUGACUACUUCUGAAGGGAAAACUGAGGAUUGGACCGUAGCAGCACGUUCGCUGAGUCGUUAUGCGCCUUCAUCAUCUUCGAAGACUGGUUAUUCAGGUUAUACGGGUGGAGCUAUGUUCGUAUUGGGCCUUUUCUCCUUGGUUCUUGGUGUUGCAAUAGGUGCCGGUGGGGUUUUCUUUGUUACCAAACGGCAACGCAUUUCUACUUUAGCUUACCAAGUUUUCGAAUGA